UGCUGCUGUAAAAAUGUUGCUAUCGACUAUCAAGUAACUGUAUCAGACCCGCAACCGAUAAGUACUUUCCGCCGGGUCACGUGGAGAUUUUUUCCAAAAAGCUAAGAAAGUACCGGCCACCAUAAACCCUGCAACACACUCGCACCACCCACCAGGUUACGGAUUUUCGCUCCUUCUACAAUCCAGCUCCUGCGGGGGUAUCAAUUUCCACUUAACCAGAUUGUCGUUUUGCAGUUCCCCGGGGUGAAUCCACGACCGAGACAAUGGGCAGCGAAAAAUCUCAGACGGCGCAGCAUGUCCCAGCAUGGAAGAAGCUCGGACUGAAGUUGAAAUACGCCAAGGACCCCGAGCCGGAAGAAAGCGUUUCUCAGGAACGAAAUAAGGUGAAAGGGGACAAUGCGUCUGAGGAGUCGGGGAAGAAGGAUAAAAAGAAGAAGAGCAAGAAGAGACGGUUGGAUGAUGAGGAUGGUGCUCCGGCAGACGACGAGGGAGAGUCCGAGAAGAAGAGAUCGAAGAAGAAGAAGAGGGUGUCUUUCUCUGCGGAUACAAAGGUUCGGGAUGGGGAGAGUGACAGUGAGCAGGAGGGUGGUGAUGCGAAGACCAAGCCCGAUAGCGGUGAUGUCGCGCAGCCUUCUACGGAAACUGGAGAGCAGGCCGAAGAUGGAGAGAAGAAGAAGAGAAAGAAGGAAAAGAAGAAAGACAAGAAGAAGGGAAGCGAUGGAUCUGCGACGGGUGCAUCAUCUGAACCUGCGAAAAUCCACGAAACUCCGAUCCUCUCAUACCUCAGUCUUUACCACAAGUACCGAUCUGCGUGGAAGUUCCAGAAGAAUCGCGAGACGCAACUCUUCAAGCAUGUUCUGUCGCUGGAGCAUGUUCCUACUCAAUAUAAUGCCGCGCUUCUUGCUUACCUGCAGGGUUUGAAGAGCGACGGAGCCAAGCAGCGACUGGGGGCCUCGGCAGCCGAAGCCAUCAAUGCCGAGAUCGAGAAGUCAUCGGAUGAAAAUAAGGAUAAGAAGGAGGAGACGGAUGGAUCUGAGACCGAGUACAACAAGGCGGUUGAUUCCUUCCGGGGCCGGCUAUCCAGUGGCAAGGAAGAUCUGGACAGCACCGAGGUAUCCGAACAAUUGGACGCAGAGAAGCGGAAAAGUCUCCAACAGAGACAGCGGGCGGAACUCGUUCUGUAUGCGGUGACUGGCCAAUUGUUUGUUGUUCAGAAACCCAAAACAGUCAAGAAGACUGCCAAUCAGAAAAAGAAGAAGAACAGAACUGCUGUCAUCGACAUUUCGAGUAGCAGUGAGAGCGAUAGUGACAGUGACAGCGAUAGCAAGAGCUCGAAGAAGAAGCCGGCGAGUGCCAGCAAGCCCAAAGCGGCUGCCAAAUCCGAUUCUAGCAGCAGCGACAGCGAUUCUAGCAACGACUCUGAUAGUGAUUCUGAUAGUGACUCCGACAGCACCAGCUCGAGUGGAUCUUCGUCGUCUUCCUCGUCCUAGUUGCAACGAUUUAUUGUUUUUAUUGAAAAGUUACGGCGAAGGUGGUGGUCAAAAGUUGAUGUCUUUGCAAUAUACAUACUUGAAUUCUUAGAUAGACUGGCUUGACAUUGUUCAUGUAUUUCUGUACAUAGUGGUGUUUGAGGGUCAUUAAUGAUAGAAGAUGGCUAUAACUUGAAGAAUAAUAUCCAGAUGAAAUAUAAGACAUCAAAG